AUGGCUCGACUCGGCACCGCGUCGCUCGUGGCCCUGGCGGCCUGCUGCGUGCUCUGCUGCGCGGCGUCCUCGGCGGCGGCGCAGGCGACGGCGGCGGACAUCGGGGCGCUGCGGUCGUCGCCGUCGUGCGACCGGGCGCUGGGGCAGUGCGCGGUGGGGAGCGACGAGGAGGACGAGUACGCGGCGGAGCUGGGCGGCGGCGAGGCGUCCCUGCGGCGGGCCAUGGCGCAGCGGCAGCCGACCAACCGGUACAUCAGCUACGCGGCGCUGCGCGCGGACCAGGUGCCCUGCAACCAGCGCGGCCGCUCCUACUACAGCAACUGCGCGUCGCAGCAGCCCGCCAACCCCUACCGCCGGGGCUGCUCCGCCAUCACCCGCUGCGCCCGCAACACCAACUGAUCGAUCGUCGUAUCUGAGAGAGGUGGUCGAUCGAGGUGCUCACUGCUGAUGACGACGACGAUGAAUGCAUUGAUGAGUUAUUGUACGGUGAACGAUGAUCAUCGAGUAGCUCGCUCGAUUAGGUAUGUACGGUCCUUGCAGUCUGUGCUCCAAGUAGUUAUAUAUUGGGAUCAGUGCUUGUAUGAUGGAUCGACAAUUAAUGUACUGGAAUAAUUAAGGAGGAUUCAAGAAACGCCAGGCUCAGCAACUAGCUAGUGUCUGAUCGA